AUGAUGCAUUCCUUGGGGAUCACCUGGGGAGUGUCUGCCCUGACUGACGUGUCUAGGUUACAUCUUGAGUCAUUCCCAGGAGCGUCUCUUGACCAAUCUCAACGCAGGAAGCUUUUGGCUGUCGCCAAUGGCACCCUUGAGAUCAACUGCACUGAGCCAGCCAUUCACCAGUUCCCCACAGACGUCUUCUCCAACAGCCAGAGGAGGCAAGGAGCUGUGGUGCUGCACAUAGUGGCAGCUAUGUACAUGUUUUUCGCGCUGGCAAUCGUGUGCGACGAUUACUUUGUUGUUAGCCUGGAGAAGAUCUGUGAGAAACUGAGCCUUACCGAGGAUGUAGCAGGAGCCACUUUCAUGGCCACAGGAAGCUCUGCGCCGGAGCUUUUUGCUUCUAUAAUAGGUGUUUUCAUAACGCACGGUGAUGUCGGGGUCGGUACUAUCGUCGGCUCGGCUGUUUUCAACAUCCUUUGCAUCGUUGGAGUCUGCAGUCUAUUUGCCGGUCAGGUGGUCCACCUGACUAAGUAUGCCGUUUUUCGUGACUCAUUUUGCUACACAUUGUCUGUUCUGGCCCUCAUGGCAUUUAUCUAUGAUGGACGGAUAAUGUGGUGGGAGAGUUUGGUCCUCGUCUUCAUGUAUGUCGGAUACAUCCUCGUCAUGAAGUUCAACAGCAGUAUUCAACGCUUUUUUACCAGGGGUGGUUCGGUAAAAGCCAUAACCAAUGGCAACGCAGCCUUCAACCCGGAUGACUAUAGUUUCCAUGGCGACGGCAAUGAUCCCACCAAGCGCCUAUUACCAGAGGGACCUGCAAAUAAGAUGACAUCGGGAGAGGAGGGAAACCAUGAACAAGCACUUAACUCACCCUUCAGAAUCCCUGGAAGCCCCCUGGAGAUAUUCAAGUGGCUAGUCUCCUGGCCAAUCCUCUUCCUACUCUCCCUCACUCUCCCUGAUGUCAAUCAACCACGCUGGGAGAAAUAUUACCUGGUUUCCUUUUUUGGCUCUACUGUGUGGAUAGCGGUCUUCUCUUAUGUCAUGGUGUGGAUGGUGACGGUGGUCGGCUUCACCCUGGGCAUCCCAGACGUCAUCAUGGGCAUCACAUUCCUGGCUGCCGGCACCAGUGUCCCGGACUGCAUGGCUAGCCUCCUGGUGGCACGACAAGGCCAGGGUGACAUGGCCGUGUCCAACUCUUUGGGCAGUAACGUCUUCGAUAUCUUGAUUGGCCUAGGAGUUCCCUGGAGCAUCCAGACCCUUGCUGUCAGCAUGGGAUCCCAGGUUCUGAUCAACAGCAGAGGGCUCUUCUACUCUGUGGUGCUACUGCUGGGCUCUGUGACCCUAGCUGUCCUUGGUAUCCAUGUAAACGGAUGGCGCCUUGAUACUCGUCUAGGGGUGUAUGUGCUGCUACUCUAUGUCAUCUUUCUAACCAUCUCCAUUUUAAUAGAAUACAAUGUUUUUACAUUCAUAAACCUGCCCAUGUGUUUAGAAGGAUAAGUGUAUAGGUGUGUGUGUGUGUGUGUGUGUGUGUGUGUGUGUGUGUGUGUGUGUGUGUGUGUGUGUGUGUGUGUGUGUGUGUGUGUGUGUGUGUGUGUGGUCCCAGUCAGUCCCUGAUAAAGCUUAUUGUAUCACACACAUCUGAUGGUCAAAUGUUCUUAUACAGCUGUUAGGCUACAUGUAGCUCCAGCCUGCCAAUAUAUAACUCACACUCUGUGUUUGUGUGUUUGUGUUUGUGCGUGCAUGCAUGCCUAUGUGAAUAUUUGUGAAUUUGGCUGAAGAAUUUGACAAUUUCUACGUUGAAUGUUGGUCUGUAUCUUAGCAUUGUAGGGCUAGAUUAGAUAUUUUGUAAUACCAUGACAAUCAAAGGACAUUAUACACAAGAUGUGUAUGAUAGCAUCUGCCAACUGGCUGAAAUUAUUAUAUAAGACUAAAUUUGUAUUCAAAGAAAUUUGAGGUAAUACGAUUACAUGUAUAAAAUAUCCUUCCAGUAUACAUGCUUGAACGUUUAUUUCCGAGUUAAUAUCUGAUCUGUGACGGAUGAAUAAAUAUCAGGUACCCUGGUUUGAA